UUCCAGGGAAGUUCCUCUUAUGCAUUUGACAUCGGAAUUUCCUUAUGUUGCUUACGAUGACUUACAGGUUUUGGAGUUACCAUACAAAGGAGACAAUAUCAGCAUGAUCGUUCUUCUACCACAAGAUAAUGGUGGCCUCACUGAUCUUGAACACACUAUUACCUCAAAAGAAAUCCUUGCCAUCCGAAACGAAAUGUCUAAAUCCAAGGUAAAAGUCACAUUUCCGAAGUUCAAGGUAGAAUACAAGCGAACAAUGAAUAAGGAUUUCUCAGCACUGGGUGCAACGGACAUGUUUAACCCUGAUUUGGCAGAUUUCACGGCCAUAACACCAAAUGACGGAAUUUGUGUCAGUGAUAUAAUACACAAAGCAGUUGUUGAAGUGAAUGAAGAAGGAAGUGAAGCUGCUGCAGCCACGUCUAUUGGAGUCAGAGCUACUGCUGCAAUUAGUGAUCCACAGCCUACACCACUAUUCAUUGCUGAUCAUCCAUUUAUGUUUGCUAUUAUGGAUAAUAGAAAUAACAUGAUGUUAUUUUUAGGUCGUGUCAAUGAAUUGUAAGACAUGUUUCUACGAAGAGAGUUCUCUAAUUGUAUUGUUAAUUGAUCAAUCAUUAAUUGAUUGUUCAACAAGAUAUAUUUGCGUUACUGUAAGUUUAUUUUGUACAUUAAAGUGUUAUUAAAUAAUA